AUGUUUCACUGCAUCCCCCUUUGGCGGUGCAACCGUCAUGUGGAGGCGAUCGAUAAGCGCCACUGCUCCCUGCUCGCCGUGCCCGAGGAGAUCUACCGCUACAGCCGCAGCCUGGAGGAGCUGCUCCUGGACGCCAACCAGCUGCGAGAGCUGCCCAAGCCAUUUUUCCAACUAGUAAAAUUACGGAAACUUGGACUUAGCGAUAAUGAAAUUCAGCGACUUCCUCCUGAAAUAGCAAACUUCAUGCAGUUGGUGGAGCUCGACAUAUCCAGAAAUGAUAUUCCUGAAAUUCCGGAAAGCAUCUCAUUCUGCAAAGCACUACAGAUAGCUGACUUCAGCGGAAAUCCCCUGACCAGGUUGCCAGAAAGCUUUCCUGAAUUACAAAACCUAACUUGUCUCUCUGUCAAUGACAUCUCCCUGCAGUCCCUACCUGAAAACAUUGGCAACCUCUAUAACCUGGCUUCCCUGGAACUGCGAGAGAACCUGCUUACAUACUUGCCAGAAUCACUCACCCAGCUUCAGAGAUUAGAGGAACUUGAUUUAGGAAACAAUGAGAUCUAUCAUUUGCCAGAAACUAUUGGAGCACUUCUACAUCUUAAGGAUCUCUGGUUGGAUGGAAAUCAGCUGGCUGAAUUACCUCAGGAAAUAGGAAACCUGAAAAGUCUGUUAUGCUUAGAUGUCUCUGAAAAUAAGUUGGAGAGGCUGCCUGAAGAGAUAAGUGGCUUAACAUCAUUAACGGAUUUAGUCAUUUCUCAGAAUUUACUGGAGAUCAUACCUGAUGGCAUAGGAAGGUUAAAGAAGCUGUCUAUCUUAAAAGUUGAUCAAAAUAGGCUAAUCAAGUUGACAGAAGCCGUUGGAGAAUGUGAAAACCUUACUGAACUAGUUCUUACAGAAAACCAACUUCUGACAUUACCGAAGAGCAUUGGGAAGCUGAAGAAGCUGAGCAACUUGAAUGCAGACAGAAACAAAUUACAACAUUUACCAAAAGAGAUUGGAGGGUGUUGCAGCCUCACAGUUUUCUGUGUGCGGGACAACAAACUAACUCGGAUACCCACAGAGGUGUCCCAAGCAACAGAACUUCAUGUCCUGGAUGUAGCUGGUAACAGGUUGCAACACCUGCCCUUAUCAAUGACUAACUUGAAGUUGAAAGCUUUGUGGUUGUCUGACAACCAAUCUCAGCCUUUGCUUACGUUCCAGACAGAUACUGACUAUGCAACGGGAGAAAAGAUCUUAACAUGUGUUUUACUUCCUCAGCGGCCUUCUGAACCUAGCUGCCAAGAAAAUCUUCCCCGCUGUGGAGCCUUUGAGAGCCUAGUAAAUGAAAUGUCGGAUGAAACCUGGAAUGAGCGAGCAGUGAACAGAGUCAGCGCCAUCCGAUUCUUAGAAGAUGAGAAAGAUGAAGAGGAAAACGAAACGAGAACACUUCUCAGACGAGCCACACCACACCCAGGCGAGCUAAAGAACAUGAAGAAGACGGUGGAAAACCUGCGGAACGACAUGAAUGCUGCUAAAGGACUGGACUCCAACAAAAACGAGGUCAAUAAUGCCGUUGACAGAGUGACCACUUCUGUGUAGACUCACCUCCGGGCUUUACCUCCUGUGUCUCUCCCUGCUGUUGAAGUGUUCCUGUCGUAUCCUGGGGACCCUAAUCCAGUUCUUUGUUGUAACCAGAACCCGAUCUGUCAUCUCCUUUGUACCCCACGUCGUCGGAAGGUGCCACUCCCACGAAGGAAGUGCCUUACUGUAACCGGUUACUGAACCAAUAAGCGCCACAUAUUAUAACCUUAUGGAUUUUAGUUGUUUUUAAUAAGUAGGAUACACUACUGUAUACAUUUGACUUUUCUUUGGGGGGUCUUACGUGGGGGAAAAUAUCUUUCCCUCCUCCACUCCUAAGGUGCUGGGGUGUUUUAGACCCAGUUCGCUGUGGACCUACUGUCAAGAGAUCUAGUUUUAUGUGAAAAAUUGAGACUUUUUUAAACCUUUUUUGGCAGCUCAGAUGGUGUAAAUUUUUAAAUUUUGUAUAGGCUUUUCAUAACAGAAUAAUGUACUUUCUUUUUUUUUAAACCUUGAAAACGGUACAUAUUUUAGUAUUUGUGGAAGAGCCCACUUCCCAGCUAGUCCUAAAGUAUUCAUUGUAUCUGUAUCACCUUCCUGUGCCUUAAUGUGUCCUGUUGUACAUCAAGCUGGUCUUAAAGAUCAACCGCCGAGCAGUGAGAUGAGUUUGGAAAUGCAAUUUGUUUUUAGCUA